CAGCUUCAUAAAGUUCUGCUUAAGUUCCUCUUCUUAGAUUUGAACUUUCCCUCAGUGGAAAGAAUCUACUAGUAAUCUAUUUAAGCACAGUGCAGCAAUUUCCUUAGCAUUAAGGGGGACGAUAGAACUAUUCGUCUGAACAACCACCAAAGGAUUGCAUUCAUUUCAUCCUUGGAGUGUGGACAAGAGGAGAAUAGAGACAGCUCUAAAAAAAAAUGUCAGAAAAAUGUUGUCAUCUGUUUUGUGUACAGAAUUUUAAAAACAGCCCCAGUUUGUAUUUCAGACCUUAAUGAGAAACUAAAAUUGGAUUUUAGUCUGGAGAUCUGAGAUAUGUGCAGAGAAUCCUGCUGAAUCGAGAUAGAUUAAUAGGAAACAAUCCCUCUUAUUUAUUGUAUAAUGGUGUAUGUGAUUGUUAAAUUAUUGCACAACAUGCAUCUCUCUUGACGGUGAAGCUAUGAGCGGCAGGACAGAGGCACAAUGAAUGAGAUCACAGUGAACACCACUGCCGAGCUGUUCCUCUUUAACAACACGACCAGCUUGGACACAUCACAGGCCUGGGACGAAGCAACACGACUAGGUCUCCAGAUCUCGGUCUCGAUCCUACUGGCCAUAAUAACUUUAGCAACAGUGCUGUCCAAUGCUUUUGUCAUUGCCACCAUUUUCCUGACACGCAAGCUGCAUACUCCUGCUAACUUCCUGAUUGGCUCUCUGGCCCUGACAGACCUGCUUGUCUCCAUCCUGGUCAUGCCCAUCAGCAUCUUGUACACGGUGAGCAAGACGUGGACACUUGGGCAGGUGGUUUGUGACAUCUGGCUCUCAUCAGAUAUCACCUUCUGCACAGCAUCCAUCUUGCACCUGUGUGUGAUUGCGCUGGACCGCUACUGGGCCAUCACGGAUGCACUGGAGUACUCCAAGAGGAGGACUACAGGAAGGGCUGCGCUCAUGGUUGCAGUUGUUUGGGUGAUCUCCAUCUCCAUCUCUAUGCCCCCGCUCUUCUGGAGGCAAGCCAAGGCUCAAGAGGAGUUGACCGAAUGUCUGGUAAACACAGACCAGAUAUUCUACACGCUCUACUCCACUUUUGGUGCCUUCUACGUGCCCACUGUUCUCCUUAUCAUCCUUUAUGGGCGAAUUUAUGUGGCUGCUCGUAGUCGGAUCUUUAAGACACCAUCGUCAAGGGCAAAACGAUUUACAACAGCUGAGCUCAUCCAAACAUCGGCUGGCUCGUCCCUCUGCUCGCUCAACUCCUCGAGCAUCCAAGAGGGGCAUCCUCACCUGGGAGGAGCAGGAAGCGGAGGUCGAGGGUCUCCAAUUUUUACAAACAGUGUUAAGGUGAAACUAGCAGAUAGCGUUCUGGAACGAAAACGUUUAUGUGCGGCAAGGGAAAGGAAAGCCACAAAGACACUGGGAAUCAUCUUAGGAGCCUUUAUCGUCUGCUGGCUGCCCUUCUUCAUAGCAACACUGGUCAUAGGUAUCUGUAAGGAUUGCUGGUUUCACCCAGUGCUGUUUGACUUCUUCACCUGGCUCGGCUAUCUCAACUCGCUUAUCAACCCUGUGAUCUACACGGUCUUCAACGACGAGUUCAAACAAGCCUUUCAGAAACUUAUCAAGUACAAAAGAUGCUGACUCUUUUAACACGAGCUUUUCCAUGAAGAGCGUUGUUGUACCAGGCAUGAGAGAUGGUAAAACAUUUUCUCUUGGAAUUUACUUUGUUGUCCUCAAAUACAAAAUACACUGUAAUAAUUCAUGAUGAUUGAUCAUGAUGCAUUUUUGUACAGUUGAAUGACCAUGAUACAGCUUGUAAAAAGUUGUGCUAAACUGUGAAUGUUACCCUGUAGAUUUAUUUAUCCUUAUGCAUGUCUUAUAGUCGGUGGUUCAUCCCUUGCAAAAUAUAUGUUAAGUAGUUCGUCCCAUAGAAAAUAUUUGUCUAUAAGCAAUUACAGAUGCUAAGAGCCUUACCAAACAAAACAAUAAGA